GUAGCGAUGGGUUACUCGAGCUAACGGAUGCUGUUAGUUCCUAAAAAGUUUUUAAUCAAAGCUAUUAUGAUACAUCUGCUGAUUUAUCUCGUUUUGUCCUCUUGUCGCAUCGGAGCGUCAAAGCAUAGAAAUGUGCUUCUUAUAAUCGCUGAUGAUGCAGGUUUUGAGACAGAGGUCUACAACAACACGGUGGUCAAAACCCCAAACCUUCGCUCUCUGGCGCAGCGCAGCCUGCUGUUUAAAAAUGCCUUCACGUCUGUCAGCAGUUGUUCUCCCAGUCGCUCGACCAUCCUGACCGGUCUACCACAGCACCAGAAUGGCAUGUACGGCCUCCACCAGGGUGUCCAUCAUUUCAACUCCUUUGAUGGCGUACAAAGUUUGCCGCUGCUCCUGAGCAAGGCCAAUGUGCACACCGGCAUCAUUGGAAAGAAGCAUGUCGGUCCCGGGUCAGUGUACCCCUUCGACUUUUCCUACACCGAAGAAAACAACUCCGUCUUGCAAGUUGGGAGAAACAUAACCAGGAUCAAACUGCUGGUCCGCAAAUUCUUCCAAACCCAUAAAGAAGAAGUCUCAAAGAGAAAUGGGGACAAAGGAGGAGAUGCUUCAAAUGAAGAAGAGAGGCCUUUUUUCCUUUAUGUUGCAUUUCAUGACACCCACAGAUGUGGACACUCACAACCUCAGUAUGGAGCGUUCUGUGAGAAGUUUGGGAAUGGUGAGACGGGGAUGGGAAGGAUUCCUGACUGGACACCGGAGUAUUACACACCAGAGCAAGUGAAGGUUCCACCCUUUGUUCCGGACACCCCUGCUGCACGAGCUGAUCUGGCUGCACAGUACACCACCGUCAGCAGGUUGGAUCAGGGAAUCGGAUUAGUUCUUCGAGAGCUACGUGAUGCGGGUUACGAGAACGACACUCUGGUCAUUUACAGCUCGGAUAAUGGCAUCCCCUUCCCUAACGGCAGAACCAACUUGUAUCAUUCUGGGAUUGCGGAGCCUAUGCUGGUCUCCUCUCCUGAGCAUAGGCAGCGCUGGGGAGACGCCAGCGAAGCUUACGUCAGCUUGCUGGACAUCACUCCCACCAUCCUGGACUGGUUUUCCAUUCCAUACCCUACCUACUAUCUUCCCGGCAGCUCUGCCGCCCAAGUCCACCUCACAGGUCGCUCCCUGUUGCCUGCACUGGUCACUGAACCGAGCACCUGGAGCACCGUCUUCGCCAGCCAGUCGCUGCACGAGGUGACAAUGUUCUAUCCCAUGCGCUCCAUCCAGCAGGGGGCGUUCCACCUCCUUCACAACCACCAGUACCGCAUGCCCUUCCCCAUCGACCAGGACCUGUAUGUGUCACCUUCCUUCCAAGACCUGCUGAAUCGGACCCGGCAGCACCAGCCGACUCACUGGUUCAAAAGCCUGCAGCAGUAUUACUACAGAGAGCGCUGGGAGCUGUACGACACCAGGUCAGAUCCUCUUGAGACCCAGAACCUUGUGGCAGACCCGUCCUACAGUGGCGUGCUGGAUAGCCUGAGGCAAAGUCUGCAGAAGUGGCAGUGGGAGACGGGGGACCCCUGGGUUUGUGGACCAGACUACGUCCUGGAGGACAAGCUGGAGCCGCGCUGCAGGCCGCUCUUUAACGGACUCUAAAGAUGCUCUUGUGCUUCCUGGCUGAUGUAAUCUCUGCGCUGGUGUCCCUGGUUUACCUAGAAUAAUUGACUCUGAGUGUUUUUACUGUCUAAUACACUGAAUGAACUCUAAAUAAAUGGCAGUGUUUUUAGUUUGUAUUUAUGUAAUUCAAGUGAUCCAGAUCUGUAAUAGGUUUGAUGCAUUUAAAGGUACGUCCAGACCCUUCUGUGACCUGCUUUUAUAGAAUUACACCGCUCGCAUGAAGGGAAAUCACCGAGCUCUUCAUGAGGAGAGCUGAUGAAGCGUGGCAGCUAAGGUCGGUAAAUCAAUCUGGGGAAGGGAUUAUUGAUGAGGGCAGUUUUCCCCCUCUGCUGGAGUGAAAUCUGCUCAAAGUUUCACACACAUCAGUCAGACCACUAAAUCCUUUCAAUUGAUCCUCCUUUGAUUCGGCUGUGUUCUUUAUGUGGAACAUAAAAGGCCCAACGUGGAUUCCAUGGGUUCGGCGCGGUCACCUGCCAACAUCACUAACUCUCUGGGCCUCCUCCACGUUUGAGCUGUUUCACCCUCUCCCUCUCUUCACGUUCU